CUAGACCUUUACCGAACAAUCGCGUAUAAAAAGGAACGGACGAUCCUCCCUUAGCUCUCCUCAUCUUCAAGUCUUUCAACUCAAGCACAACUACCCAGCAAACAAUAGAAACCAACUCAAACCAGCAAAAACAUAUUCACCAUGACCCACGACAACAAGGUUAUCUCCAACACCCGUGUCCUGAUCUCCAAGAUCCCCGAGGGCAUCGCACCCAACAAGAGCCACUUCCGAUCUGUCACCAUCACCGAACCUGCGCCUGUUCUCAAGGAGAACGAGAUCUUGGUCCAGAACCUGGUUUUCUCUUUAGAUCCUUACAUCCGAUACGAGUUCCCCGAAGGCGCAACUGAAUCACCAGUGCUCGGAUUCUGUAUCGCCCAAGUGAUCGACUCCAAGAACCCAGCGUUCCCUGUGGGUGCAAAGGUCAGCUCACCCUCGCACUGGGAGCAGUACACCCAUAUUCGCGACCCUUAUUACCUGAGUGAGGUUCAAGCUUUGGGUGACAUUGUCGAUCCCAAGAUCCCGCUAUCGGCCUACAAUGGCGUCCUAGGUGCGCCUGGAUUUACCGUAUGGGACUCGCUCAACUCGAUUGGAAAUCUCAAGAAAGGAGAAACUAUUUACAUCUCCAGUGCUGCAGGAACUCUAGGCCAGCUUGCCGGUCAGCUUGCCAAGCGCAAGGGUCUCCGUGUCAUCGGUUCGGCGGGUACGGACGAAAAAGUCGCCUUCCUCAAGAACGAACUUGGAUUCGAUGCCGCUUUCAAUUACAAAACCCUAGACAAGCGUGUCGCCUUGACCGAGGCCGUUGGCAAAGCCGGCCUCGACAUCUACUAUGAUCUGGUCGGUGAUGACACCGUCGAGAUUGCGCUCGAUCUCCUCAACCAACGCGGCCGCAUUCUUGCCGUCGGUAUUCUGGCGGCCCAUCAGAACAAGGAGCCCUAUGGGCCCAAGAACUUGGCCCAGAUUGUGUUCAAGCAGCUGCGUUACGAAGGCUAUGUGGUCUUUGGUCAGUAUGAGAACCUGGGCAAGUUUUAUGAGGAGGUGACGCCCUUGGUCGCAAGUGGGGAGAUCAAGUAUAAGGAGACCGUGCUGAACCAGGGAGUCGAGACGAUUGGAGAGGUAUAUGCCAAUUUCUUGAGUGGCGCGUAUGUCGGCAAGGUCAAUGUUCAGAUCGCCGAGCUUUAAAGAGCAU